GUCCCCUGGGGUGGAGCACACGCCUCGCUGAAGCCCAGAGCUGCCUUGGCCCGGCUGGGCUUUCUUUGCUUACAGAGGCCAAGGGAGCACUUGGACAGACUUCUGAUCGACAAGACCAUGCUGGCCAGCCUGAAGAUCAAGAAACAGGAGCUGCUGAACAGCACGGAUGUGACCGUCCCGGAGCGGCCCCUGUCCCCCCCGCUGACGGCGCCCCCGACCAUGAAGUCGGCAGAGUUCUUCGAAAUGCUGGAAAAAAUGCAGGCACCAAAACUGGAAGAACAGAGGUCUGGAAGCCAAAAACACAAGGAAGACUACAUCCCAUACCCCAGCAUCGAUGAGAUCCUGGAGAAGGGCAGCCCCUACCCGCUGAUCAUCCUGCCCCAGUUUGGGGGAUACUGGAUAGAAGACCCAGAAAACCUUGGCACGCCCACCUCCUCUGACAGCAGCAUCUGCGAGGAGGAGGAGGAAAACCUCAGCCCCAGCAGCUAUGGCUACAAGCUGGAGUGCAAGGGAGAGGCCAGAGCCUACCGCAAGCAUUUCCUGGGGAAGGAUCAUUUAAAUUUCUACUGUACAGCUAGCAGCCUUGGAAAUCUGAUCCUUUCUGUUAAAUGUGAGGAGACAGAUGGCACAGAAUAUUUAAGGGUUAUACUCAGGUCCAAAGUGAAGACAUUGCAUGAAAGGAUUCCUCUGGCAGGAUUCAGCAAGCUCCCGAGCAUCCCCCAGAUUGCAAAGGCCUUCUGUGACGAUGCCUCGGGGCUGAAGUUUAACCCAGUUCUCUACCCCAAGGCAUCCCAGAUGAUAGUGUCUUAUGAUGAGCAUGAGGUCAACAACACAUUCAAGUUUGGUGUGAUCUAUCAGAAGUUCAGGCAGACCCAAGAGGAGGAGCUGUUUGGCAAUAAUGAAGAAAGCACUGCCUUCAAGAACUUCUUAAGUUUUCUGGGAGACACCAUAACUCUCCAGGACUUCAAAGGUUUUCGAGGAGGCCUGGAUGUCAGCCACGGGCAGACGGGAGUGGAGUCUGUGUACACGGUGUUCAGGGACAGGGAGAUAAUGUUUCAUGUCUCUACAAAGCUGCCUUUUACCGAAGGAGACACGCAACAACUCCAGAGGAAGAGGCACAUUGGCAAUGACAUUGUGGCAAUUAUCUUCCAAGAGGAGAACACGCCAUUCGUGCCAGACAUGAUCGCCUCCAACUUCCUGCACGCCUACAUCGUGGUGCAGGUGGAGAACCCCGGGGCAGACAAUACAGCAUACAAGGUGUCAGUCACAGCCCGGGAAGACGUUCCCUCCUUUGGCCCACCCCUGCCGAGCCCACCGGUGUUCCAGAAGAGCCCCGAGUUCCGGGAGUUCCUGCUGACCAAGCUCAUCAACGCCGAGAACGCCUGCUGCAAGUCCGACAAGUUUGCAAAGCUGGAGGACCGGACACGGGCUGCCCUGUUGGACAACCUUCACGACGAGCUGCACGGGCACACGCAGGCCAUGCUGGGGCUGGGGCCCGAGGAGGACAAGCUGGAGAAUGGGGGACAUGGAGGCUUUCUAGAGUCUUUCAAGAGAGCCAUCCGGGUGCGCAGCCACUCCAUGGAGACGAUGGUGGGCAGCCAGAAGAAGCACCAUGGCAGUGGCAUCCCAGGCAGCCUCAGCGGGGGCAUUGCACACAACAGCGGCGAGGUGACCAAGACCACCUUCUCGCCCCCUGUCCCAGCUGUUGCUGCCAAGAACCAGUCCAGGAGCCCCAUCAAGCGCCGCUCAGGGCUGUUCCCUCGCCUGCACACGACUUCGGAGAGCCAGGCGGAGAGCAGGACGAGGUGCGACAGUGUUUCUGGAGCCCAGAAGACACCAGAUUUGGGACAUUCUUCCCAAGAGAUGAAAUCUGAAACCUCAUCCAACCCCAGCUCCCCUGAAAUAUGCCCCAACAAAGACAGGCCUUUUAUCAAGCUGAAAGAGAACGGGCGCUCGAACAUCUCCCGUUCCUCCUCCAGCACCAGCAGCUUCAGCAGCACGGCGGGGGAGAGCGAGACCCUGGAGGAGUACGACAGCGUGGGAAGCCAGCCCUCCACCGCCUCCCCGUUCAAGCAGGACGUGUUCGUGUACAGCGCUUCGCCCGGCAGCGAGAGCCCCGGCGGCGCGGCCACCCCGGUCAUCAUGAGCAGGAGCCCCACAGCAGAUCUAAAGAACAGAAAUUCUCCGAGGUCCAACCUGAAGUUUCGCUUUGACAAGCUCAGCCAUGGCAGCUCCAGCAUGAGCCACUAGCAGGAGGGAGUCAGGAACUUGUCACAGAAUGUUUCAACAAAGGGAAAAAUCUUCAACACCCCCCGGGAGCACGCACGCCCCGGCCGUGGGCGGCCAGGUGCCCUCGCUGCUGCACCAGAAAAGAGCUCUCACCUUGCCACAGUCCUGUCCUGACAGGGACCAGCCGCCUUGUCACCCGGUGUCCCCCCGUCCAGCACACCCCUGCGUGCAGCAGGGGACGUGUCCCUGGCUGUGCUGCACGCCUGGCAGGGCCGUGUCCCCUCCUGGGUCACCUGUGCUUGCCCAGAUGUGCUGCAGCUGGUGGGCACCGCCCAUUCCCCCCGUCCCUGCGUUGCCUGGCAGCUCCUUUUGGGCAGAGGGGCAGCAGGAGAGACCUCCACAGAGUUUAGGUCCCUCCGUGCUUUAUUUGCAGUUAUCAGUGGGGUUUAUGUUUGUUUUUUGAAGGGGGGGGUCAGGCCAAAGUUGGGUGUUAGUGGCUCUGGGGCAGUUUGCCCUCCACCAUUGUUUGCUGUUGUUCUUCUCGGGGGACAAUGGGACAAAACCUCCCUGGGGGGGUCCUGGGCAGCUCUCCCUGGAGUGGGGUCUGCAGUGUCUCUCCAGCUGUCCCCCAGCUCCUGCCUACACCCCAAAACCUCGGGGCAGAGGCAGCCCCUCGCUGCAAACUUGCUCAGUUUCUUGCACAAGAGGCAGGUGAGUGACAGCCCAGGGAGUGGAGCUGGGGACAGCAGCCAGCUCAUCCUCCUUGGCAGGUUCACCCUCCCUGCUUUGUCCCUGCCUGACACUGAGCACAGGCCUGGGAAAGGUGACCCAAAGCUAAAGCUGUGCUGUAUUACAGCUUAACUUUUCUAAGUACUAGAACUGGAACCAGAGGGGAUUUACCUGGUGGGCUCUGCUUUGCCCUAUGGCUUGGAUCACCACGCAGGCAAAUGCAUAAAACUCUGGUGAUUUGUGAGGCAUUAGGCUGCUCCAGCCCUUACAGAGUCUCUCCUGCUGCUUUUGAGCCAGCUCUUGUUAUUCUGAAAGGAUUAUAGAUUCUGCAAGGUAACUUCCCAUAAUGCCCUUUCCCAGAAAAUACCUCUCUCAACAUGCCAAGAAAUCCUUUUGCUCUUUUAUGGAACUUCAUGUGAAGUUUCCAGAAGCCUGUCCGUAAAUUUCACAUUGCUCACAGAUUUCCCUUACCCAUUUUCUGGAAGACAGGCCAUGAUGCUGCAGAGAUAUUCCCCCCUGUGCCCCCAGCCUGCCACCCUUGUGCCCCCUCAUGAAAUCAGGUUCUCAGUCUGAAGUGAACACAGUUCUUCAAGUUUGUGAUUCCUACUGAGCACAGGACUUUGGGUGCCAAAGCCCCCGGGGGUGCUCCUGGAGGCACGAGGUACCUGAGCGCCUGUUUCAGGAGGCAGGGGCAGAGCUGUGCUCCUGGAGCAGCCCUGGGCAGCAGCUGUGGCUGCUCCUGCUCCUGCUGCCCUCUCUCUGGGGCAGGUGCUCUAGGAUUCACCAUCACCUGCCCUCCUCCGUGUCACGUCCCCGGCCAGGGACGAGCCCAGGCCAGCAGCACGUGCUCCCCGAGAGCUCCCCGAGAGCCUUACCCAGGUGCUCUGCUCCUGCUGGAAUCCAUCCACGAGGGAAGGCUGUAGCUGGGAUGGGAGGGGAACCAGGCUAAAGAACAGUUGUGAAAAGGCAGGGAACAGUUUCACCGGCCCCAGGUGCUGCGUAGGACCAGUAAAUACCAAUAACUCCCAUGGGGAUGCUCUCUCCUGCUCCCAGCAGUUGCAUUCCAAUGGAGUUUAAGCCUUGAGGUUCCUGUGGGAGGGGAGCAUGCAGUGUGCUCAGUCCAGCCUGUAGCUGUAGGUGUCUCAGGAUCACACACUUUGCUGUUCAGCACUUGUCUGAUGAUGCUUCAGUAGCACUUUCAAACCCACCCCCAAGUCUCCUCUUAGAAGCUUUGGUCUGAUUUCCUGAGGCUGCACAGUGAAACACUGACUGGUGCAAUCACUUGCUCCCAGGGUCUGCUCUGGGUUUGCUUUUUCCUCAGAAGUCACUCGGUUCUGUAGGUGUCGUCAUUCCUGUGGGUGUUGAUCUCCGUGAGAUCUUUCAGCAGAUGAUGCAGUGGCUACUGUCAGCUGGUUUGCCAUUUUUGCUUGUUUUGUUGCCUUUUUUUUUUUUUUUUUCACUUGAAACUGUGUCUUUCCUUUUUGACCUAGAUUGAUUUGGGAAUUAUUCGGGUGGGACUAACAGGCAGGGCAGUGUGAAUCCUCAGGGAGGUUGCAGCGCUCUGGGCUGGUCCCUCCUGCCAGCCCGGAGCGGCGGCGGGGCCGGGGUCUGGCUGAGCUGUGCCAGCGGCUCCUGCGGGGCAUUUCCAGCAGGAAACCCUCGCCAGAGGCCAAAACCCGCUGUGCAUCCUCCCGGCAGCUGGGUCUGGCUGCUGUGCUCGGCCCCGGCAGCCCGGGCUCGGCAGGGCUGCUCUUACAGCCCGGGACUUCUGCACUUCCAGCAGCGGGUGGAGGUGUUCCUGUAGAUAUUUUGCAAAAUGUUUUGUGCUUACUAGUGACACGUACACAUCUAUACAUAUAUAAAAGGGAUAUAUAUAUAUAUAUAUGUAUAAAAUAUAUAUAUUUAUAUAUAUAAAGGAAAGGAUCCUUAACUGACACUAGAAUUACUGGGCAGUGCAUUUUCCUUUCUGAUUCCUCUGUUUCCAUGCACACAACUUCUGCCCUCCUCAGAAGUGACAUGGCAGAGGGAGCAGAGGGGCUCGGAAACGCCUUAGGGGGGCGGUGGGGAAGCCCCCUCUGUGUGGAGGGGUCUCCGUGGCUGGGGGUGCUCCCGUGUGCCGGGAUUUGGGUCCUGGUUUGGCUCAGCCGGCUCAGGUGCAGCUGCACACCUGGUGCCGCUGGCUCCGCGUCCUUGUGCGGGACCUUCCCCAGCAGCGUCACCUCCACCAGGGGCUGGCAGAGCCCUGUCCCGGGCUCCGUGCCCCUGUCCCGGGCUGUCAGAGCGCUGUCCCGGGCGCGGUGCCCCUGUCCGGGUUGGCAGAGCCCAGUCCCGGGCUGGCAGAGCGCUGUCCCGGGCUCUGUGUGCCCCUGUCCGGGCUCUGUGCCCCUGUCCCGGGCUGUCAGAGCGCUGUCCCGGGCUCGGUGCCCCUGUCCGGGUUGGCAGAGCCCAGUCCCGGGCUGGCAGAGCGCUGUCCCGGGCUCUGUGUGCCCCUGUCCGGGCUCUGUGCCCCUGUCCCGGGCUGUGUGCCCCUGUCCUGGGCUCUGUGCCCCUGUCCCGGGCUGGCAGAGCCCUGUCCCGGGCUCCGUGCCCCUGUCCCGGCUGCGCUUCCCUCCAGGAGAGCUCUUGGCACGCACCCCUUCUCGGAGCCCCGCAGAGCCAAAGCACAGCGCGGAACUGCUUUUUCUGAGGGAAGCAGGGCAUCCUAAGCACAAACUCCUUUUCUUCCCAGAGUUUGGAGGGUUUUCGGGAAGGGCAGGCCAGGGGCCCGGGGGUGUUUGCGCCGCCGAGGGGCUGUGCCUGGGGCCGGCAUCUCUCGGCUGCGCUCGGUGCCCCCCGAGGCCGGGCAGAGCCCCCCGAGGCCGGGCAGAGCCCCCCUGCUCCCCUGCUCAGCUCACCCCGGCCCCAGCAUGCUCCCAUGCCUUCCGUGAAUGUAGCACUGCGGCUGUCCUGCACAGGGAAUGCCGGAUCGGCAGCCGAGAAUGUGAAGAGGGUUUAUAGGGUGAAAAGAAUUCUUGAAGAAAUGUCUCUGACAAAGUUUAUUUUUGAUGUAGAGAGGCAGUGCUUUGUAGUUCCUGGUGACCUAUGUCUGUUGUAAAUAAUGUAUAUUUAAUUUAUUGCUAUGGUAGCAGAUUGUUAUGUAUAAAACGAAAGGUUCACAAAUGUAUAUUUUGUUGCUUAAAUGUGUCUUUGCAAAAUUCACAAUAAAUAACAUAUUUUGUGUCCAUAUA